AUGGGGAGAUCAACAGGAGAUGAGUUCGCGUCAGAGUGGUCGUUUACUGAGACUCUAUCGUUAGACGACGUGGAAAUUCUUCAACGCGAGCAGCUUGAGAAUGGAGGGGCACAAACUGUAAGCUAUGCUAGUGCCAUUCAAGGUCGAGAUACCUCGAAAAUUACUUAUCGAGAACUUCGUAAAGUCUGUUCGUACCUCGGUGUACGCUACUACAAAAACCGACCCAAAAAUUUAAUGUUGGAGCUCAUUGCUCAGAAAAAACUAAACGGUGAAGUUCCAACACGUUACAAAUCAGUCAAAAUCAGUGGCAAUAAGACGACAAAAGGUCUGUCAGAAAACACAGACAAUGAAAACCAUGAGGAACACUUGGUAUCUGCAUCGAAUCCACUGUCGAAUAACCACAAGCGCCAACGGGUAACAACGGUUAAGCCGGUCCCUGCUGCUGCUGUGGUCAAUAGUUCUAGCCCUAUCAAUACGUUUCUACAACCAGUAAGUACAACCAGGUCGGAUCUACCACGGUCACCACUAACAAACCUAACGUCCGGUAUUUCAACGACACCAAUUCAAUCAGAGCCGUCUGCGAUCUAUGUGGGAAUGUCAUUGAAAGACCGUAUUGAUGCGCUUAACUUGCUGUAUCAUAUCCGGCAGCAGAUCCAAAAUGUUGAAGAGGCCAUCUCUACUCUCACCGAUAACGAUUCGUCGACCAAGACACAACGACUUAAUGAAGAUUUGCAAUUCUACCUCGCCGAGCGACGAUCGUUUAUUCAGCAACUUGGAAACUCAAGAUAA